AAAAACACCAACAUAAAAGCAAAAGCAAAACCAGAGAGAGAGAGAGAGAGAGAGAGAAGUCGAGGCAGAGACAGAGACGGAGGCACAAACAUCCAACUAACAUGGGUUGAGAGUGAAAGAAGAAAAGCAGCUGAAGGUGCUAUUGGUACAGCUGCUAAUCCUAGGCAAACCCCUGAAUCAGAUUAUUACUGGUUGUUUGACCCAUUCUACAAGAUAGCAGUUACUUGUACUUGGUUUUUGGACUUGGGUCCAAUUGAUCAGGUACAAGGAGCAACAGAUACAUAGCCAUAUCCUGCUAAUAAGCAUUGAUUUGAGUGCUUUAAAUCCAAAUAUUUCUGGUCCUGGGUUCAGUUCUAUUAUUAAGUAUCUGUUACCGGAUUUACAAUCGGCCUGAGAGCAGAUUAGGGAAGUGGUGGUCUUCUUGGCUGGAGUCAUGGCAACACUGUCGAAUGCUGAUUCAAAACGCAAGUAUUGGUGGUGGGACAGCCACAUAGGCCCUAAAAAUUCAAAAUGGCUUCAGGAGAAUUUUUCAGACAUGGAUGCCAAAGUCAAACAAAUGAUCAAACUUAUUGAAGAAGAUGCAGACUCGUUUGCAAGGAGGGCAGAGAUGUAUUAUAAGAAACGACCGGAGCUUAUGAAACUGGUUGAGGAGUUUUACCGAGCAUACCGUGCAUUAGCUGAAAGAUAUGAUCAUGCAACUGGAGCGCUACGCCAGGCUCAUAGGACUAUGGCAGAAGCGUUUCCAAACCAAGUUCCAAUCAUGCUGGUUGACGAUUCACCUGCAGGUUCUGCUAAUGAGGCUGAUCCCCAAACACCUGAGAUGCCUUCCCCCAUACGUGCAAUUUUUGACCCUGACGAGUUGCAAAAGGACGCUUUGGGACUGUCUUCGUCUCAUUUCAAUGCUGGCAAGAGGAAUGGAGGAUUUACUGAAGAAUCUGAUACUGUAACAAGUAGAAAGGGUUUAAAGCAGCUUAAUGACUUGUUUGGCUCUGGAGAAGCAGUGAGCCAUAUGAAAUUUGUAGAAGGAAAGGCAAGAAAAGGCCUCAAUUUUCAAGAUGCAGAGGAGAAAGAAAGAAGCAUGCAAAACAAUGGGAGCCAUGACAUCAAGGCUAGAGUACUUUCUGAGUCUGAGCGAGUGGGUAAAGCUGAGACAGAAAUUAUAAACUUAAAGAAAACCCUUGCUAACUUAGAAGCCGAAAAGGAAGCUGGUCUACUUCAGUAUCAACAGAGUUUAGAGAGAUUAUCAAUUCUUGAAUCUGAAGUCUCUCGAGCGCUAGAAGACUCCAAGGAACUUGGUGAACGAGCGAGUAAAGCUGAAGCAGAAGUUCAAACUCUGAAGGAAUCCCUUGCCAAAUUAGAGUUGGAAAGAGAAGCUAGUCUUCUUCAAUACCAGCAGUGUUUAAACAGAAUAUCUAAUUUAGAGGACGAAAUCUCUUGUGCCAAAAAGGAUGCUGGGGAACUUAAUGAGCGAGCUAGUAAAGCUGAAGUUGAGGCUGAAGCCAUAAAGCAAGACCUUGAUAGAGAAGAAGCUGAAAAAAAAGCUGCACUUGCUCAAUACCAACAGUGUUUGGAGAUGAUAUCGAACUUGCGGGACAAGCUACUGCAUGCAGAGGAGAAUGCCAGAAUGAUUAAUGAAAGAGCUCAUCAAGCUGAAAGUGAAGUUGAGACCCUGAAGCAAGCACUUGCCAAAGUAAAUGAAGAGAAGAAAGCUGCUGUCCUCCAGUACCAGCAAUGUUUGGAGACGAUCUCUAGUCUGGAGCAUACAAUCUCUUGUGCCCAGGAGGAGGCCCAAAGGUUAAAUUAUGAGAUAGAUGAUGGGGUUGCGAAGUUAAAGGGUGCUGAAGAAAGGUGUCUUCUGUUGGAAAAAUCAAAUCAGACUCUGCAGUCUGAGUUGGAGUCCUUGAUGAAGAAGAUGGGGUCUCAAAGUGAAGAACUAACAGAGAAGCAGAAGGAAGUGGGUAGACUUUGGACUUGCAUACAGGAAGAGCAGUUGCGAUACAUGGAGGCUGAAACUGCCUUCCAAACUCUGCAGCAUUUGCAUUCUCAAUCUCAGGAAGAACUGAGAUCUCUGGCUGCAGAUUUUCACAAUAGGGCCCAAGUUGUAAAGGAGAUGGAAACUCAUAAUCAGGGUUUAGAGGAUGAAGUCCAGAGGGUCAAGGAAGAGAACAAGAGCCUGAAUGAGCUCAGUUUGUCUUCAGCUGUGUCAAUAAAAAAUUUGCAAGAUGAGAUCUUAAGCUUGAGGGAGACCAUUGGGAAGCUUGAAGAGGAAGUUGAACUUCGAGUAGACCAAAGAAAUGCUCUUCAGCAAGAAAUAUAUUGCCUGAAAGAGGAACUGAAUGAGCUGAGCAAGAAACACUGGGCUAUGCUGGAGCAGGUGGAGUCAGUAGGCUAUGAUCCUGAGUGCUUGGGGUCAUCUGUCAAGGAAUUGCAGGAUGAGAACUCAAAAUUAAAAGAGACUGGUGAGGCAGAGAGAAGUGAAAAAGUGGCUCUGCUGGAAAAGUUGAAAAUCAUGGAGAAACUUCUAGAGAAAAAUGCUGUUUUGGAGAAUUCCCUCUCAGAUUUGAAUGUCGAGGUAGAAGGGGUUAGAGGGAAAGUAAAAGCAUUAGAAGAAUCCUGUCAAUCUCUUUUGGGAGAGAAAUCCACUCUUGUUGCUGAGAAGGCUACCCUGAUUUCUCAGUUACAGAUUACCAAUGAGAAUUUGGAAAAAUUCUCACAGAGAAACAACUUUCUGGAGAAUUCCCUUUUUGAUGCAAAUGCUGAACUUGAAGUAUUGAGGGUGAAUUUGAAGAGCUUAGAAGAUUCAUGCCGGUUACUCGAUAAUGAGAAGUCUUGCCUGAUCACUGAUCAAGAAAGCUUAGUUUCUCAGUUGGAAAUUACUAAGCAAAGACUGGAAGAUCUGGAGAUAAGAUACACAGAAUUAGAAUACAAGCACUCAGGUAUUGAGAACGAGAGAGAAUCUGCACUUUGUAAAGUAGAAGAACUGCAGUCUUCCUUGGAUGCUGCGAAGCAAGAACAUGCCAGCUUUUCAAGGUUGAGUGAUACCCGGUUGGCUGGCAUGGAAUUGCAGAUCCGUGUUCUUGAAGAAGAAGAGCAGUGCAGGAAGAAAGAAUAUGAAGAGGAGCUAGAAAAAGCUGUCAGUGCUCAGAUUGAGAUCUUCAUCUUGCAGAAAUGUGUCAAUGAUCUGGAAGAAAAGAUUGUUUCUCACUUGAUUGAGUUUCAAAAUCUCUGGGAGGCAUCCAAAUUGUCUGAGAAACUGAUUUCUGAACUAGAGCGUGAUAAUCUUGAACAGCAGGUGGAAGUGAAAUCCAUGUUUGAGCAAAUUAAAAAACUCAGAACGGGGCUGUAUCAGGUGUUGAAGACUCUUGACAUUGAUGCACACCAUGGGUUUGACGAUAAGAUUAACCCAGAUGAAGCGCUUCUAAAACACAUACUGGGUAAACUUCAAGAGACACACAAUUGUCUCUCUAGAAGUUGUGAUGAAAAUCAGCACCUACUAAUUGAGAAGUCGGUUCUUGUUACACUGCUAGGGCAACUGAAAGCAGAUAUGGUGAAUCUUGUGACAGAAAGGAACACCCUUGCUGGGGAGUUCAGGAUUCAGUCUAAGCAGUUCUCAGUGUUGCAGACUGAGAUUCAAAAACUUUUGGAGAUGAAAGAAGAAUUGAGGUCGAAAGUAAUGGAGGGAAAUCAGAGAGAGGAGGUAUUGACAACUGAAACAGAGAAUCUGCGUGGGCAGUUGUUGGACUUACAAAGAGCAAACCAGAAUUUACAGGAAGAGAAAUUCAAGGUGCUUGAAGAGAAAAGAUCCUCAGUUAAGGAAGCAUUUGACUUGGUGCAAGAAAAACAUAAGCUAGAAGAAGCAAACUGGGUCUUGUUUGGUGAAACAGUAUCUGAGAGUAACCUUUCUCUGAUUUUUAAUAAUAUCGCCUUCGAAAAAUUUUUGGAGUUGAAAGAGCUCACUGAAGGUCUGAAUAAUCUUCAUUAUGUCAAUAGCAACCUAGAAGAGAAGGUAAGAUUAAUGGAGGGGAGAGUAGAAGAUGAAAAAAUUGAAAAUUUAAAUCUAAAGGAGUCGUUGAAUAAGUCAGACAAUGAGCUUGUAUCAGUUAAGUCUAUUAGUGAUCAACUAAGAUGUGAAAUUGCAAAUGGGAAGGAUCUGUUGUCUUGGAAGGAAAAUGAGCUUUUGGAAGCACAACAGAUGUUAAGUGCAAUUAUGAACGAGAAAAUAGAGUUGCUUAAAUUUGUGGAGGAUCUGAAGAAUAAGUAUGAUGAGGCUAAGGUGAUGCUCAAAGAUCAAGAGAAGCAGAUUCUGAAAAUAUCUGAUGAUAAUUAUAAUCUGAGUAAGGAGACUGGAUGCCUAUCUGAAGUGAAUCAGAAAUUGGAGUCUGACCUGUGCAGAUUUCACAAAGAACUUGGGGAAGUGAAAACUAGGCAGGAAAGCUUGAGCUCUGAACUGCAAAAGGGAAGAGGUGAGGUUGAACUGUGGGAGACUCAGGCUUCCAAAUCUUUUGCUGAACUGCAAAUCUCCUCUGUAUUUGAGGUUCUGUUUUCUGGAAGGAUUCAUGAGCUAACUGAAGCAUGUGAGAGCCUUGAAGAUAGAAGCAAUUCCAAAGACAUGGAGAUUGAAUUUCUGAAAGAAAGAGUUAGCACCUUGGAAGGCGAGAAAGGAGGACUACAAGCUCAGUUGGCUGCAUAUACCCCAGCUGUCAUCUCUGUUAAAAAUUGUAUAUCCUCUCUGGAGAAGCAUACUCUUUUUCAUCGUGGGCCUCAUGCUAUUGAAGAUGAAAAGGCAAAGGAGGCUAAUGUGGUUCCUUGCUUGCAUGCUGAAAGCAAUCAACUAACAGAUGAAGAUCAAAUUGCGAUGGGGCCAGAUGGACUUUCAGAAUUGCAGGAUUUGGAAGGAAGAGUGAAAGCUAUUGAAAAGGCAGUGGUGGAGACGGAAAGUCUCGUGGUACUGGAACACCUAAACACUAAUGCCAAACUAGACGCUGCAGUGAGAGAGAUCGAAGAGUUGAAAUCUCAAGGCAGCUUGUGUCAAGAAAAUGUUGAAACAAACAAGAAUUUUCCUCCAUAUCAGGUUGAAGAGGAACUUGGGAAUGGGCAAAGUAAAGAUCUCAAGCUGGGGAAGCCGACACUUGAAAUUUCUGAAGCAAGGAAUGAAGUCCUGACUAAGGACAUCAUGCUCGAUCAGAUAUCUGAGUGUUCAUCAUAUGGGAUAAGCAGGAGAGAAACUGUAGAGACUGAUCAGAUGCUUGAGUUAUGGGAAACCGCUGACCGGGAUGGCAGCAUUGACCUGAUGGUUGGCAAGGCUCAAAAAGUGGCUGCCGCACCUGCCCACAAUCAGAUUGAAGCAGUCAAGAAACACAAUCGUUCAUACCCCUCUUCAGAAUCAUUGGUUGAGAAGGAGUUGAGUGUUGAUAAAUUAGAAAUAUCUGAGAGACUUGCUGAUCCCCGCCAAGAAGGGAACAAGAGGAAGAUUUUAGAAAGACUCGAUUCUGAUGCGCAAAAGUUGACAAACCUUCAAAUCACCGUGGAAGAUUUGAAGAAGAAGGUGGGGAAUACUGAGAAGAGCAGAAAAGGAAAAGGUAUGGAAUAUGAUACCGUCAAGGGGCAGCUGGAUGAAGCUCAGGAAUCCAUCAUGAAGUUGUCUGAUGUAAAUCGCAAAUUGAUGAAGACAGUUGAUAAUGGUUCCCUCUCCUUUGAUGGAGUUUCUGCAAUAGACCCAGAUGAGAGUGUGAAUGCCAGAAGAAGGAAAAUUUCUGAACAGGCACGAAGGGGAUCUGAAAAAAUUGGUCGGUUGCAGUUGGAGGUGCAGAAAAUACAGUUUCUUUUACUGAAACUUGAUGAUGAGAAAGAAAUUCGUGGGAAGACAAGGAUCACCGACCGAAAACCUAGAGUUCUCCUUCGAGAUUACCUCUAUGGUGGUGGGGUAAGAACCAGCCAGAAGCGAAAGAAGGCGCCUUUUUGUGCAUGUGUCCGACCUCCAACUAAGGGAGAUUGAAGCAGUUACACAUUCAUUCGGCAUAUAAUCAGGAUAAAGUUAUGAGACAUUAGUUUCAUUGUCUAUAGGGUUUCUUUCAAUAGAGAUGUUCUACACCUACAUGUUUUACUUUUGUUUUAUAGAGAAGAUCUGGUCUUCUUUAGCUUAGAGAUCCUGCUGUAAAUUUCAGGCUAUCUAAUUUUACAGAUACUGUGGUCAUGGAGCAUGAUUCGCCUCACCUUCCAUUUUUUCUAUCUUGCAUGCAUAAUUUGGGUGAUAAUGGAAAUAAGUAUUUUCUUCA